UUUGUGAAGCGAAAUAACGUGGCUAGUAGAACGCGCGUUCGUUAUUUUGAUUAUAACUUUUUCAUUGUCUUUAUCUGAAUUUACACUUUUUAUUUAAGUUGGAAUUGUGUUCUUUUCUUUUCUUAUUUUAAUCAUAUUAUAUACAAAAUAUGUAGUGAUUUUAAUUCACCGGUUGUAGCUGAUAAAACUCUAAAUUUACGUGUUUUCAACGCCAGAGUUUACAGACUUAUUAACUAAUAGAGGCAAAUGGCCACAGUGAGCAAUAGGAUAAAUAAAAAUAUAUGCCGUAAACCAAAAUUUCUUACCGAUAUAAAUUUAAAGAGAAAGAGCUAUUUAUUUUCCGACCAAUAGUAUAAAUAAAGUAGUAAAAUAUUUCCAACGCAGAAACAAGAGACUACCCUAAACAAAUGAUUAUAAUAAUUUAUUUUUUUAAAUUAGUACGAAUAGUUAUAUAUUUUUUUUUUGUUAAUGAGAGCCCCCGGAAUGGCUUAUCACAACGCGAAUGGAGGUGCUAUUGGUAAUAAUAGCACAGCUGGUGGCAGUUUAUGUGGUAUUGCUGGUGAAAUUGGCUCCAGUGAAUAUUCCGGCGACGAACGAGACUCUCGGAGCGGCGAAGAUCAUCACGAGAUUGAUUUGAAUAACAAGCCAAUAUAUCUUCUCGAACAUUUGGCUACCUUCACGGUAAAUAAGGAAUCCGGCAUUGUCUAUCCCGCAGACGGCAUGCGAAGGCUGUUACAGUUGGAAAAAACCACUGGUAUAUGGUCUCAGAAAAUGCAAAUAUGUUUGGAUUACCAAUGGGUGCUUAUAAUGGAUUAUGAAACCGGAAAUAUCAUAGAAAGAUUUCCAGCAUCUCUUAUACAGGAUCCAACAGCAUUCACAUCUACUGAUUCCAUGGAGUUAUAUAAUAAUAUAUUAGUAUUUAUCGUGUCCGGCGGCAGUGGCUCACGCUCAGAAAUGCAUAUUUUUCAGUCACAAAGUGUAUCUGCCGUGCAUUUGGUUGAAGACUUAAAGAGCCUAAGAAACGGGAAAAUGGUGACACAACAGCGCGAGGGUUUAAUGCAUCAACAGCAAUCACCAUCAAAUCUAUUAAAAAACGGUCCUACUGAUUUAGCUAAGUCAUUACCGGCAUCCUGCAGUCAGCACGGUCGCAGUGAACAACAAAUCCAUUAUCUUCACAAUGGUGGUACUAUUACGCCAUCCCGCACUGGUAUAGAUCAAUAUGGCUUACACGUCCGAAGUCUCAUGCUAGAAAACAAUCAUACAGGUGCUGCUGCUGGUAGCGGAAAUGGUGAAACAGAUUCCGAACAAGGCGGGUUUAAUGACGAAACUAGUUCUACGUCUAGUGACAAGUAUGAACGUGAUGUAACUGUGUUGAAUCAUUGCUUUGAUGACAUAGAAAAGUUCAUAGCACGCCUGCAACACGCAGCUGCAGCAUCACGCGAACUGGAGCGUCGACGCCGAAACCGAAAAACAAAAAAGAAAGAUCCUGGCGAGGGUUUAUUAACGUUGCGUACCCGACCGCCCCUUGAAAAAGAGUUUAUCGACAUUUUCGCCAAAUUCAAACUUUCAUUUAACUUGCUGGCCAAGCUGAAAGCACACAUACAUGAUCCAAAUGCUCCUGAAUUAGUUCACUUCUUAUUUACACCGCUUGCACUAAUAGUCGAGGCUUCCAGUGACACUUACUAUGAGUCUCAAUUGCCAGCACGUGUGAUCAAUCCAUUACUUACACGUGAAGCCAUAAAUCUGUUAAUUAAUUGCGUUACGAGCAAAGAAACUGAACUAUGGCGCUCCCUUGGUGACGCUUGGAUUAUACCACGCGAUCAGUGGAAAAAUGAUGUGGGCUCAUACCAUCCUGUAUUUAUGGAUGGAUGGUCGCCCGAUUACUUGGUAACCGAUGAAUUGGAAACCCUUAGUACUCCAACAAACAUUAGCAAGCGUCGUUUAGAUGUUAAAUCACAUUUGCAUGCUGGUCAUACCAGCCACAGCGGGGCGAACGGACGCCAAGUUGGCAGCAAUAGUAAUUGCAGCAAUACAGCUUUACAUAUAGGACAAGUCGAAGAAUACGAAACAAGUAUACCAAUUGAGAAAUAUUCUGGUCAUUAUGAACGCGAUAGUGAACGAUUUCUGCCCACUGGUGGCAUAAGUGGCGCUGCGAACGGUGGGCCUUCUGAUUUUAGCGUACACAGUGAAAUUUCAAUUGAUUCAAUUGAACGUAGCGGAGAGGCAUUGCACGAUUUGCAAAUGAAUAAUAACACUGCAGCUGGUAUUCAAACAAUAUCAACAGGAAUGCAACAAUUACAUGCACGUGACUCUAAGAAUACCAAAGCCACGCGCAAUAAUAGCUCAGUUUCUGAAUUCUCUGGUCGUGAUAACAUCACUAUGGACGAACAAAUGUUGGCAGCGUGGCUAGAUGAUUUACAAACAGCACAUGCUAAAAUUGUCCUAGUCACAUAUCCCCGCACAGCCAACAAUGAUAAAGAGCUAAGUGUGGUUCGUGGUGAAUAUUUGGAGAUUUUGGAUGAUACUCGAAAAUGGUGGAAGGCUCGCAACAUACGAGGUCAAGUGGCCCAUGUUCCACACACAAUUGUCACUCCAUAUAACUUCGACGACGAGUCUGCGAGCAAUCAGUUCUAUGGGCACCAACAAGCACCAUCACAUCUGCAAGGAAACAAUACUUACACACAGCCGAGACACCCGAUAAAUACAAAUCUCAGUGAUAAUAUCGAGACACACCGGUCACACGACGCUACUGAUUGGAUUCGAAAUAAGCAUCUGGGUAAGAAAGGAGAGUUCAGAUAUUUUUAAUUAGCUGUAGCGUAUACAAAUUACUGUCUAUUUGUCCAUGAUAUUAUUUAUACAUACAACAUUUUACAACAAGUAAAUUUUUAAAUUUAAAUUUUUUUGCUUGCAUUUAUAUAAAGUAUGCAUUUGUUUGAGUUGUAAACACUAGUAAACUAAAACAAUAAAAUCAAAAUAUUGAAACAAAUGGUCUUUUCUGGAACUAAGAACAAAGACAAAGCAUGAAAAAGAUGAAGUUUUAUGACAAUCUAAAAAAUUAAAAGGGCAGCACUAAGAUUGAUUGUUCAGAAGCGAACAUUAUAAACACACCUAAUUGUAAUGGUACAUUUACAUAAUGUUUGAAAUUUCAUCACAGCAUGGAAACUUCUCACUACUAGAACUCGUUGUUGUUGUAGGGCAGAAUUCUGCCGCUUUUGACAGUCCUUGAUCGGAUAAAAAAUCCGGGUCCGCUUUGGUUACGUAAACCAGACUGUCGUGGGAACGGGACCGGAAUUAGUGUUUUUGUUCGGCUAUGAAAGCUGUCCACAUAUGGAGGCGUGGCAAAAACUUAUUUUUAAAAUGUAUACAUAGAGUCACAUAAAUAAAAAUAUGUUAAUUAGGUAUUGUGUGUUUUAGAAAUGUAUACAUAGUAUUUAUGAAAGACAAAAAUACAUAUGUAUAUACUUAUAACUAUGAAUGAGUAUUAUAUUCAUAUUCUUAUUCCCGUAUAUUUAAGUUGUAUACAUAUCCACGAAACGAUUUACCAAAAUGAAAAAAACUCAACUCUUUUGAAUAGAGGCGACAAAAAUUUUUAGAUCCGGUACCACUCGAUAACAACACCAAUAAAAAUUACAACAAUAUAGUUCUCAGAUUGACAAAGAAUACUGCAAUGUAGAACUAUAUUUCUACCGAACUAAUGGAUGCGAGCCAAUGUCAGCCAGGAAUUACUAUUAUUAUUGUUUUUAAGAAAGCUGUAAGAAAACUCCAAAAAUUAAUAAGAAUUUGAAAAAGUA